AAACUUGUUUUUUUAUUCAUUAUGUUCUCAUAUUUAUUCAUUUGUCCAGUACAUCCAAGCGCCAAUAUUCGUGCCAUGGAAAAACGUAUUCUUGACAAAAUUAUUGGUGAUGGUUAUGAUUCAAGAAUUCGUCCAAUGGGUAAUGCAUCGGUUGGUGCUCGUGGUGGUGAUGGACCUAGUAUGAUCUCUGUGAAUAUUUUAAUUAGAAGUAUUAGCAAAAUUAGUGAUCUUGAUAUGGAAUAUUCAGUUCAGGUAACAUUCAGAGAACAAUGGGUCGAUAGUCGAUUAAAAUUUGAUAAUAUGAGCGGACAAAUACGUUAUCUGGUAUUGACUGAUCCGAACAAAGUAUGGAGGCCAGAUUUAUUUUUCAAAAAUGAAAAAGAAGGCCAUUUUCAUGAUAUAAUUAUGCCAAACGUAUUGUUACGUAUCUAUCCACAAGGCGGUGUCCUUUAUUCAAUUCGAAUUUCAUUAGUAUUAGCUUGUCCAAUGAAUUUAAAAUAUUAUCCAUUGGAUAAACAAAUUUGCUCCAUACAAAUGGCUAGCUAUGGCUAUACAACCGAAGAUUUAAUGUUCGUUUGGAAACAUGAAGAUCCCGUCCAGAUAACCACAAAUCUUCAUCUACCAAGAUUUACAUUGGAAAAAUAUUUAACCGAUUAUUGUACCAGUAAAACAAAUACUGGUUCCUAUAGUUGCCUCAAAGUUGACCUAUUAUUCAAACGUGAAUUCAGCUAUUAUUUAAUUCAAAUUUAUAUACCAUGCUGUAUGUUGGUCAUUGUUUCAUGGGUAUCAUUUUGGUUGGAUCCAAAUGCUAUACCAGCACGUGUAUCAUUAGGUGUAACGACAUUAUUAACAAUGGCUACAUCUAUUUCGGGUAUCAAUUCAUCGUUACCACCGGUCAGCUAUACAAAAGCUAUUGAUGUAUGGACAGGUGUAUGUUUGACAUUUGUAUUCGGUGCGUUAUUGGAAUUUGCAUUAGUGAAUUAUGCAUCAAGAAGUGAUGCACAUCGUGCUGCACUUAAACAACAACAAGCUGCAUUAGCUGCUCAACGUAAAUGGGAUAUUGAACAUGGUUCAUCAUUAGAAAAUGAACAUGUUGAUGAUCGUAAUACUGCAUUUGCAAUGCGACCGCUUGUACGUCAACAUGGAGAUUAUACUGGUGAAAAGUUGCGUGCCUGUGAAGUACAUGUGAUGCCCAAACGAAAUUGGUGCAAACGUUGGUUAUCAAAAUUUCCCACCCGUUCCAAACGUAUCGAUGUUAUUUCACGAAUAUUUUUUCCAUUAAUGUUUGCUCUAUUCAAUUUGGUCUAUUGGACUACAUACCUAUUUCGUGAAGAUAUGCAAGAUUUGUAAAACUAUUUUCUAUUUUAAUUUAAUCGCGAUUUUCAUCGAUUUUUGUGUUCGCGGUCAUCCUAUGAUUGCCAAAAAAACAAACAAACAAUCAUUAUCCACAAACAAAGCCUAACUAGAAUGACAAAGGUAUUGUUAUCAAUUUUUAUGUGUUCAUUAUAUUCUUUUCUCAUUUUCAUUUAUUUACAGCCAAUGUUUUCCGAUAUUUCAUCAUUAUAAUAAUGAUUUGAAAAUUGCAAGAACAAACAUAGAACCCAGCUUAUAUACUACUAACGUUUAUUUCAUUAUUGUUAUUUACCCCAAUCAUCAUCAUUCAUUAAUUCAUCAUUCUUCAAGAUUCUUGCGAAUUUUUAUUGAAAAACAAGUUUUGUUCAUCGAAUAAACGCCAACAAUUUUUUUUGUGCGCACAUUAAGCUCAUACAACAAAUGCACAAAACAACAAGAAAACUGAAUCUGUAUAGAAUUUCAAUCAUGAUGUUAGUAUUCGUCAUCAUUUAUAUACAACACUGUGUAUAUCUAACCAAUCAAGUCUUUCGUUCAUCCUUUCUAAGUCUCACUCCUCAAGAACUUUUUAACUUCAAUUAACUACUUAUAACUGAUAAUAGUUUCUCGUUAAAUCUCUUGUAUCCAAAUCUGAUUCGGCAUAUAUAUCACUUGAUUCAUUCUUAAGU